AUGGCAGAGAUCUUGGCUCAAACGAACAAGAAUGGGGUAAUGACAGCUCCGUUGGUGCAAGCCAUUCUUGCGAGGCUUGAUGGGCACUCCCCGGAGCCCAAGACCAUGAACUUGUGCUUUAUGGCUGCAGAGAAUGUGGGGCAAUUCCAAGCCACUCGAGAUUCCGACCGCCCUCACAAUAUCACUGUCCUAGCAAACCAAUGCGACAUUGUUCGGUACGCCAUUGUUUGA